CGGAGAAGCAAUGCGGACAAAUGCGUCUUCUCCUAGGUGUCGGAAGAGACUCGAGUCUGUGGUUCCCUAUUCUCCUCGCUGCAAUGGGCACUGUGGGCGUCGUUGUGGGCGUCGUGGUGGGCAUCUAUCUGAUAAGGAAGUACCGGGAGAGCAAAUGGGGCAAAUGCAAGAGCAAGAGGCGCAUGGAAGGAAAGGUUGUUGUGAUCACAGGAGCAAACUCAGGUAUUGGGAAGGAGACUGCACGUGACUUGGCAAGUCGUGGAGCCAUCGUAAUUCUUGCAUGCAGGAACCGCCAGGCAGCUCUUGAAGCUGUGAAAGACAUCCGUACUACCACUGGAGAUGGUGACUUGAUUGUCAUGGACCUUGAUCUGGGUGACCUGGCAUCAAUCAGGGCAUUUGCAUCAAACUUCAUGGAGAAGUUUAGUAAGCUUGACGUCUUGGUAAACAAUGGUGGAGUGUUUAUCCCCCCAGAAGAGCGAAGGAAGACUAAGGAUGGCUUUGAAGUUCACUUUGGGGUAAAUCAUUUGGGUCACUUUCUUCUCACGCAUCUGCUCUUCCAGCAUAUUCAGCGAACACCCAGCUCUAGAAUUGUUAAUGUGUCAUCACUUCUCUACAAAAGUGGGCAGAUAGAUUUUGAUAAUCUGGAUGCAGAUAAAGGCUGGAAUAAAAAAGUCAGAAAUGCCCUCUACUGUAACUCUAAACUAGCAAACAUUUUCCAUAGCCAAGAACUGGCCAAGAGACUGCAAGGCACAGGGACAGGAGUAUUUGUUUUGUGUCCUGGCUUUGUGUACACUGGGCUCAUGAGAUAUAGUGCCCAGAAGUUCAGUUGGUUCAAAAAAAUGUGCUUUGCUCCUAUUGUUUUCCUGUUCAUGAGGACUCCUAAGCAGGGAGCCCAAACUACUAUCCACUGUGCUGUAUCAGAGGAAUUGGAUGGUGUGGAAUGGGGAUUCUUACGUGAGUGCAAAAUUGACAAACUGGAAGCCGUUGCAGAAGAUCCUGACACUGCUGCCAAACUAUGGGAUGUGUCUAUGGCUCUUGUUGGGGAGGGAGGCCCUGGAACGGCAUCCCUGGAAGAUGAUAAUGGCUUUGUUGAAGGGCAAGAUGCAGAAGCAGUAAUGGUGGAAGAAGAGGCAGUUUUGGUAGAAGAUAUUCAAGUGGAAGAAACGAAAGUUUUGAAAGCAAGCCCAAAGGUGGAAGAAAAGGGUCCAGCUGAAGAUGAAGAACAAAUGUUAAGAGAAGAAACAGAGUCACCUGAUGCAGAGCUAGAAACCUUAGAGAAAGAAGAAAGUGAUGAAGAAGAAGGAGAACUACUAGACGAAGAUUUUGUCAACAGUGACAAGGAGAAGCUGCUGGAACAAAAACCGUCAGAUGAAGGAAAGUCAAUGAAAUGAGGGUAAUGAAUCUACCAUCCAUACAAAAACAGUAGGGCUGACAUGCAUACGUAGUCAUAAACAAGUAGAUGUUAUGAAUCUAGGAACUGUAUAUGCAUUCUGGUAUAAUCAACCGCAGAUCUGCUUGUAAGCCAAAUCAGAUUCAUAACAUGAAAUGUGUACAAUUAAAUUUGGCUAAGCAGUGGAAAGUUGGCUGUGUAACACUUGUGAUUUUGCAAUAGUAAAUUUAUAGAUAUUGUAAGUUUUGCUCUAUUUUACUAAAAGGCAAAUAAAAGCUGUAAAUAGGAAAAGCUUAAACAAGUCGUCCUGCAAAGUAUUGCCAAACUCAGGAAAGGCCUUGAGUCUGCUUAAGUGGUAUUACUCUGGUAUUGUGGUUGUUUGUUAUCAUAGUCAUAACAGGGUAAUGGUACCUGUAUUUGCUUAUGUGUUGUGUUUGUGUUGUACAAAUAUAUUGUCUAAUUUUCUUAGACUUGGUCUAAUGAAAAUCUUAGAUUAAAUGCCAUUAAAUGUUGCUAUAUCAGCUAUUCAAGCAUUUUAGAUUUAAAUCCUGGCCAGUACAGACUCAGAUAUUAUCAUAAAAGACAUAUCCAGGACUAGGAUGAAGAAGAAUUCAGUAUCCAAUUGUAUUUUCUUAUAAUUUUUCAGUUUUUUAAGUUAAAACUUUUAUUAAAAAUCUACAUCCUGACUGAGAUAUCAGACAUUAUAAUUUUGAUUAACAAAAGUAUAUAUCAAGUGUUUCUACAUAUGAUGACCUAAAACAAUUGCAAGAAGUCAAUAUGCAAAAUUAUAAUAAUGGGUAAAAAAAGGCAUUUUUAGCUAUUUUUAAACAUCAGAAGUAGACAAGAAGAGAAUGACUUGCUCAAACAUCCUCCUACACCUUAACCGGCUUCUAUUUCCUUGUUUUUUUCUUUAUUAUUGAAUUUUAAUAACAUUAACUUGGAAGUGGGUUUUGCUAUUCUUGUCUCUAUUGGUAGUUUUAUAGAAGUAGUUUUAUAGAAAUACUUAAAGGAUAUAACCUAUCUUCACCUUUAACAUAUGUUGUUGUCAGCAGCUUUUGUAGAGAAAAUCUUUAUGAAAGGUUUUACGAUUUUGCAUUACUGAAUACUUACAAUAGUUUGCUUCCUAAGAUCCAUAUCAGGGAUUCCAUAAUAUAGAACAGAUAUAUAUAUAUAUAAUGGUACACUGUAUGCAUCAUAUAUUAUGUAGUUGCGCCUAUGGAAAGAAAAUACUCGUCAAGUAAAAGUAAUUUUCUUGUUGAAAAUUGUCUAUAAUAUAUUGAUAUAAUUUUUUUGUUCGUUUGGAUAAGGUACUGAAUUUGUUUGUUAUUCAGUGACCAAAUGACCUAUAAAUUCAUUGUAUUGAUAUGGAUUUGUUUGUUAUUCACAGUCUUGAAUUAAUAAAUAUUUCAACCUAA